AUGGCCGCCCAUCACUCGCUUUCUGCCCGCAAAAUCAUCUUCCAGACCACCCAGCCGCGAAGCCUGUCGCCUUCGCAGCCCACGUCGUAUGCUCGCCUCAUGAUGAAUGCCUCCUACGGUGGCCAAGUGUCGUUCGCCCUCAACCGCAGGGAAACCAAGCUGGGUCGCAAGGAAGACAACCACAUCGUCCUGACCUGCGCCAAAAUCAGCAAAUACCACGCCGUCAUCCGCCGGGACGACGAGGACAGCCCUCCCACGUACUAUAUCAAAGACAACAUGUCCGCAAACGGACUCCGCAUCAACGACUCAACCAUCGAGCCGGGCGAGUUCUACCGACUCGCCGACGACGAUGUCAUCAAGCUCGGCACCAUCACCCUGCGUCUCCAGUACGCAUCCAUCGACGACGGCACUCCCACCACCUCGCCGUCCAAGCGCACUCCCCGUCCCACCUCCGGCAACGCCGAAAAGUUCCUUCGCCUCGUCACCAUCCUGCCCUUUGAGCAGCGCUACGAAGACAGCGUCACCAUCCGGGCCGAGCUCGAAGCCGACGGCGAUCCCGACUUCAAGCGCGUCGACCAAGUGACCGAUAUUGGCACCCUGCGCGAGGACUAUGAGAAGCUGCGUCUGGCCUACAAACUCUCCCAGCUGUCCUUCAAGAUGGACAUUACCGAGCUGCUGGCUCGAUCCCUCGACCUGAUCUUUGAGAUCCUGGCCGUUGACCGCGGAGUCGUGCUUCUGGUCGAUCAGGCCACGGGCAUCCUGAGCACCCAGUUCGUCAAACUGCGCGAGGGCAAGGCCGACGACUCGCAAGAGAUUCUCAUGAGCUCCACCAUCAUCCGCAAGGUCUACUACACCCGCACCUGCCUCAUCACUUCGGACGCAUACGAGGAUCCCCUUCUCGGCAAGACAGCUCGGUACGGCCAAAUGCGCAGUGUCAUCUGCGUGCCACUCAUUGCCCGCAACAAGGUCCACGGCAUCUUGCAUCUCGAUUCCAAGGAUCGCAUCAACUCCUUUUCCAGCAAAGACCUGUCGCUAGUCAAGACCAUCAGCAACCACACCGCCAUGGCCAUCGAGAACAGCAUCCUCAUCAAAGAGGUCGAGCAAAAGGCCCGCAUCACCGAGCAGCUAUCUCGCUUCCUGGCGCCUCACGUUGUCGAUCGCAUGGUCAACCGCUCCGACAUUUCGCGCAGCGGAGGCCGCGAGCUUGUCGGGACGAUCGUCUUUGUGGAUAUCCGUGGAUUCACCCACCUGAGCGAAACCUGCGAGCCCAGCGAAGUGGUCAGCCUGCUCAACGACUAUUUUGAACGGCUGGUCAGGAUCGUGUUCAAAUACGAGGGCGUUGUCGACAAGUACAUCGGCGAUGCCCUCAUGGCUGUCUUUGGAACGCUCGAGGGUGAAGUCGAUGCAGAGUACCGCAGCGUUGCGGCAGGCAUCGAGUUUGUCAAGGCCAUCGACGUCAUGAGCGAAGAGCGCCAGCGCAUCGGCAAGGCACCCAUCUCGAUCGGCGUUGGAAUCAACACAGGCGAAAUCCUUGCUGGAUUCAUUGGCUGCUCUCAGCGCCUCGAAUACACCUGUAUUGGCGACGCCGUCAACACGUCGUCGCGGAUCUGCGAUAGCGCAAAGUCUGGCCAAGUGCUCAUCAGCGAGACUACCUAUGAAUUUGUCAAGGACAGGAUCGAGUGCAGGCCCAUCGGCUCGCAGCACUUCAAAGGCAAAACCAGGGAGGUCAUGAUCUAUGAAGCUGUCCGCGUUCUCAAUGAGUGA